AUGCACAUAGCUGAUAGUGGAAGUGGGUCGCGUGUACGGCGCGGCGGGCGCGGAGGCCAAGCGCGUCGUGCUGCGCGCCAUCGAGGGCCGCUGCGGGCGGCGCAGUGGCCUGGGGGCCCAGGGGCCGCAGGGGACCCAGCCCGGGGCCUGCACCCCGCCUGCCGCGCGCGCUGCUGCAGCGCCGAGCCCUGCUCACGCGCUCGUGACUUGCACAUACUCACGGAGAAAGCGCCGCCGUCCCCGGAGCUGGUGUCCCGCGUGCGUGAGCUGUACGCCACGCGCGUGUCCGACGUCAGGUUCCUCAUACCGGUCCUCACGGGACUCACCAAGAAGGAGAUACUGGCGGCUCUGCCGAAACUGAUAAAGCUCAACCCAGUGGUCGUCAAGGAAGUGUUCAACAAGUUGCUCGGCUUGCAGAAUAUGCACGAAGAACGGUCACCAGUCUCACCGACGGAUUUGCUGGUCGCGUUGCACCUCAUCGACCCUGGCACUGCGGACCUCAAGUACAUCAUCAAGGCUACUGCAAUGUGCUUCGCUGAAAAACAAAAUUAUACGCAGGACGUACUGUCAGCAGUCUUGCAGCGGCUGUGCGAAGAGCCCGAGAUCCCGGUGUUGAUGAUGCGGACGGUACUGCAAGCUCUUACACUCUAUCCCAGCAUGGCACCACUCGUUUUGAAUAUACUGCAGUUGCUUAUUGAGAAAGAGGUGUGGCAGAACAAGGUGGCGUGGGAGGGCUGGGUGAAAUGCUGCGUGAGGUUGUUGCCGGCGGCCGUGAGCGGCGUCGCGCGCCUGCCGCCCGCCGCGCUCGGCGCCGUGCGCGCCGCACCUGCGCUGUGCGCCGCGCUGCGCCCGCACCUCGCGCUCCUGCCGCCGCACCUCGCGCACGCGCUCGCACACCUCACGCCUGAGCAACAAUAUGCGUCCCCGACUCCUGGUUCGAUGCCAGUUCCGGCGCCAGUUCCAGCUCCCAAUCCUGUGGAACCGCUUCCCCCAGGAAUGGAAUGAUCAACCUCAGACUUCUUUUAACCGAUACUUACUUUGUUUAAAUGUUUUAUAUGAAAUUAAUGUAUAUUUUUUGCUUAUUCCGGGUAUUCUGAAACCAUGUGGUAGGCCCUAUUUUAAAUAACAUCACCUCUGCGUCCUAUCGAAUUGAACUAUCUUACUUAUAAACUUGUCUUAGCGUUAAGAGGUGGCUAAGAAUUGCUUAAAUAACUGUCAAAAACAUCACCGGUUUCCUUCUUUAAACCUUAUUAAGAGGCAAGAUGGCGGGUUUUGACUUACAGCUGAUUUAGUAAAUUUGUGUUUUAACUAAGCAUAGCUUUGAUAAUUUUCUAUAAGUAAGACUAUAUAAGUUUAUUAAUUGAAUGGGGUUUUUGAUAAAUGCUUGUCGCAGGAUACCUGGCUUAAUUUAAAAACAUAACAUUGCUGAAGUAAACUUCUGUUUUCUGGUUUGUAAAAUUUAAAUGUAAGAUUACUUCAAUUAUCACAGACUUGACUUAUUAGUAAUUCAAAUAUAUGAUUUGUCGAAACUUAAGAUUUGAUUAUGAUUUAUUUAGCACAUGUAAAAAUAUAAAAAAAUAUAUGUUCUUGCGCACUCCACUGCGCUUGUCACUGUGACAUAAGAUGUCUCAUAACGGCCAGUAACUACACUGGAUACAAUGUCCUUCAAACCGGAACACAAUAGAGCAUACGUUAUUGAUUGUGGGUAAAAGUACGCACUUCUUGACUACAUCCCGUAUACUGCGAAAAACGUUGGUGGCCAAGGUACGUUAUCUCCAUAGACAAGUUUGAUGUUAACCGCUUGUAUAAUCGAGAGCUGCGAUUCCUGAUGUUUUACUAAUAGAUUUUCUUUUUAAAUAUUGUUACUGACAAAAAGAAUUCGUUUAUUAAUAGAGGCCGUGUUUAUGGCAACGUUUAAAUUUUGUUUACUUUUUGUAGCAGCCUGUAGUUAACACUGCCUUGUGGUCAGUCUAGAUGUAGGUCGUCGAAGACCUGGGUUUAAUUUAAUGUCGAGGUGAAUAUUUACAAAUAGUAUUCGUUCUAAAAAACAUUUGACAUGUAAAGUGGUACCUCUAAAAUAGAUUUAGGUUGAUCCCCUAUUACAAUAUAUAAAACAGAACGAAUGAAAGAAACACUCAUGCCAUCGGGGUGUCGUGUGGCCACUUAUUUUUCUGGUUGUCUUCAAUGUAUUGUUAAGUUUCAUUAUACAAAUAGUUCUUGUAAAUACAGUCGAUUUAUUUUUAUCAAUGAUAUUUGUGUAUUAACGAUAUUAGAUUGAAAUAAAAAUUCGCGAAACGUA